GGGUGACACGAGGGGAGGGGGUCCCGUGGGGACACGGGGGCCCGGCCCACGGCCGAGGCGUGGCGGUCCCGGGGCGGUCCCGGCCGGUCUCGCCCCACGCCCACGCCCGGCCCCGCGUGCGGAAGCUCCGGGCCAGACGCGGCGGCUCCGGGACCGGCCCCGAGCGCAGGUGGGAGCCGGGGCCGCUCCCGGUGGGCGCGGGGAGUCCGCGGGCCAUGGACCCCCCCCGGCGGGUGCGCCUCAAGCCCUGGCUGGUGGCCCAGGUCAGCAGCCGCCGCUUCCCGGGGCUCCACUGGCUCGACCCCGAGCGCCGCCGCUUCGUCAUCCCCUGGGGACACGCCACCAGGAACCCCCCGGGACCCCAGGACCACGACACCAUCUUCAAGGCGUGGGCGCAGGAGACGGGCCGGUUCCGGGCCGGGGACCCCCCGGACCCCCCCCGCUGGAAGGCCACCCUGCGCUGCGCCCUCAACAAGAGCCGCGAGUUCCGGCUGCUGCUGGACGGGCCCCGCGGGUCCCCGGCCCGGCCCUUCCGCGUCUACGAGCUCUGCGAGGAGCCCCCCGGGGCCGCAGAUGGGGGGGACGAGGAUGACAAUGGCUGCAGCGGGGAGGAAGAUGUCAGCCAGCUCAACAUGACAUCCCUGAGCAUCGAUGACACGCAGCACGGGGGGGACCUGCUGCCCCCCUACUCCUGGGCCAAGGAGGAGCCCCCCUUUGCCAGCUGCUGCCCCCCGGGGGGCCCCUUCGGGCCUCCCCCCCCGGCGCUGCUCCAGGGGGAGGCGGGGGGCACCCACGGGGUCCCUGAGCUGCUCCCGGGCCCCCUCGCUGAGACGGGGCCCCCCCUGGGCCCCCCGGGGCCCCCGUCCACCUGCCCGGUGGCACCGACGGAGCAGCUGAUCCCGGACCUGCUCGUCAGCCCCCACAUGCUGCCACUGACUGACCUGGAGCUGAAGUUCCAGUACCGGGGCCGCCAGGUCUGUGCCCUGACCGUCAGCAACCCCCACGGCUGCCGGCUGUUCCACAGCAGCCUGGAGCCCACGCGGGAGCAGGAGGAGCUCUUCGGGCCCCUGACGCUGGAGCAGGUGCCCUUCCCUGCUCCCGACGCCAUUCCCAACGAGAAGCAGCGCUUCUACACCCACCAGCUGCUGGACGUGCUGGACCGAGGGCUCAUCCUGGAGCUCCAGGGCCAGGAUCUCUUCGCCCUCCGGCUCUGCCAGUGCAAGGUCUUCUGGACGGGGCCCUGUGCCGCUCCCCGGCCCGGCCCCAACCCCAUCCAGAGGGAGAGGAGGACCAAGCUCUUCAGCCUCGAGGGCUUCCUCAACGGCCUCAUCCAGUUCCAGAAGGGGCAGACCCCCACCCCGCCCCCCUUUGAGAUCUUCCUCUGCUUCGGCGAGGAGUGGCCGGACCAGAAGCCCAAGGAGAAGAAGCUGAUCACGGUGCAGGUGGUGCCAGUGGCGGCGCGGCUGCUGCUGGAGAUGUUCUCCGGGGAGCUCUCCUGGUCGGCCGACAGCAUCCCGCUGCACAUCUCGCACCCCGACCUCAAGGACAGGAUGGUGGAGCAGUUCAAGGAGCUGCACCAGCUCUGGCAGAGCCACCAGCGGCUGCCGCCGGCGCAGCCCCUGCCCGGCCCCUCCGCGGGGCCCUGGGCGCUGCCAGCCGGGCCCCUGCCCCACUGAGGGGACACGGGGACACCCAUGGCACUGCCACCAGGGCCCUGCCCCACUGAGGGGACACGGGGACACCCAUGGCACUGCCACCUGAGCCCCUGCCCCACUGAGGGGACACGGGGACACCCAUGGCACUGCCACCAGGGCCCUGCCCCACUGAGGGGACAUGGUGACACCCGCGGCCCUGCCCCACUGAGGGGACACGGGCACACUGCCAGCCGGGCCCCUGCCCCACUGAGGGGACACGGGGACACUGCCAGCCGGGCCCCUGCCCCACUGAGGGGACACGGGGACACCCAUGGCACUGCCCCACUGAGGGGACACGGUGACACCCAUGGCACUGCCAGCUGGGGUAAGUCACUCCGUGGCCCCGUCCCCAUCCCUGUCCCCCUGUCCCCAGGCCCGUGUCCCCAGGGGGGCUCUGCAGGGGACGGGGAUGUGCCCUCGAGCGGGGGCAGUGGAGAAGCCGGAGCUGGAGCCCCCUCCCUGCAUUCAGGGGGAAGCAGCAGGAAAACGGGAGCUGGAGCCCCCAGGGAUGGGGGGCACAAAGCAGCCUCAGCCCUGAGAAGAACCAAAGGAACCUUGGGAGGUUUUAAUUUAUUUUUUCAGUUUUUUGAUGUUUUUUAUUGUCUCGAGAUGGCUACACACCCCCGGAGGGAACCGCAUGCGCCCGCCCGCCCUGCCCGCGCUCGAGCCACCGCCUCCUACCCCAAAUCAAACCAAAGAAAACCCCAAAAAAGGGAAAAAGAAAAAAAAACCAAACAAGAAAACAAACUAAAAAAGCAGAAGAAAAUAAAAUAUAAAUCUCUAUUUGCAGAGUCCGUCCCGCCUGUGUCGUCUCUG